CUCGCUUUCCUCCACCCGAACCCCUCUCGCUGGAGAGCCUCUUGCCUCGCCCUCCUGCCAGCUGUGGGAAGUCGCCGAGGAACUCAGCUCUUCAGCUAUGAAUCUCCCGGCGAUCCUGUUUUGUGCUUUCUGGGCUGUGGUGUCCGCGGAGAACUCAGACGAUUAUGACCUCAUGUAUGUGAAUUUGGACAACGAAAUAGACAAUGGGAUCCAUUCCACCGAAGAACCCACGCCGUGCGACUGCCGUCAAGAGCACUCCGACUGGGACAAGCUGUUCACCAUGCUGGAGAACUCGCAGAUGAGGGAAGGCAUGCUGCUGCAGGCCAUGGACGGCGUGCUCGGGGGCGAGCUGCAGAGGCUGCGGGCGGAGCUGGGCCGGCUCGCGGGCAGCCUGGCGAGGCCGAGUUGUGAAACAGCGAUUUUAUUCCCGAUGCGUUCCAAGAAGAUUUUUGGAAGCGUGCAUCCAGUGACACCAAUGAAGCUUGAGUCUUUUAGUGCCUGCCUUUGGGUCAAAGCCACAGAUGUUUUCAACAAAACCAUCCUGUUUUCCUAUGGCACGAAGAGGAACCCAUACGAGAUCCAGCUCUACCUCAGCUAUCAGUCCACAGUGCUCGUGGUGGGUGGAGAGGGGAACAGACUGGUUGCCGACACUGUGAUUUCUGUAGGAAGGUGGACCCACCUGUGUGGCACCUGGGCUUCAGAGACAGGGCGCAUGUCCUUGUGGGUAAAUGGAGAACUGGCGGCCACCGCGGUGAAGAUGGUCCCAGGUCACGUUGUUCCUGAGGGAGGAAUCCUGCAGAUAGGCCAAGAAAAGAAUGGCUGCUGUGUUGGUGGUGGCUUUGAUGAAACUUUAGCCUUCUCUGGAAGACUCACAGGCUUCAAUAUCUGGGAUCAUGUUCUCAGCCAUGAAGAGAUAAGAGAAACUGGAGAAGCGGAAUCUUGUCACCUCCGGGGAAAUGUUGUUGGGUGGGGCGUCACAGAGAUCCAGCCACAUGGGGGGGCUCAGUACAUCUUGUAAGGGUUGUGAAACUCUACUCGAAGCCAAAGAAGAAAACUCAUGUUUUAAAUAUAUGCCAGUUGGGAAGGUCUAAAAACCUCAGUGCAUAAUAGGAACACUUGAGACUAAUGAAGGACAGAGUUGAGAUUAAUCUUUAUUUGUCCUGGCAAAAUGCUGAAAAAACAGGAAGAUAUUGGAGAAGGCUUUUGAGGAUAUUGUUACUAGACUUUAGGACAUGGUGCUUUCAGAUUAAUACUGUGUCUUUGUCAGAUAAACUCGCAAAUAAUUAAAAAGGACUGUGUUGUUAAACAGAAGGACAAUUGUUUUACUUUGCUUUGGUUAAUUUUGUUUUGGCCAGAGAUGAAUUUUACAUUCAUUGGAAGAAUAAUAACAUUUGUUGUUCGUUAUUCAUUGUUAUUGGUGUGUACCUUAUUAUAAACAAUGAUAAAACACAUUUAUACUACAAUGUGACUUAACAAAUAUAAAUGUAGUUUACAUGUUAUAAUCGAGUGUUGCUUUUUUGGAGGAGGUAGUUGUAUAAGUUAUAUUGUAAAAUGAUUUUGUAUUAAUUUUAUUAAGACUAUUUUUGUAAAGCUCUACUGUAAAUAAAAUAUUUUAUAAAACUAGCUCAUGUUGUCUAAUUAUAAA